CAAAACUAACCCAACCACGCCCAAUUUAUUAAAAUGGCGGCGGAGAGUGAAGAGCAAAUUUGCAAAAAAGAAGUGUCUUUACUGAUAGGUGGGGAGGAGAUUAGUGUACCUACUGAACUAUUGGAGGAUGAGGAUGUAUUUAGUCACGUGAUGUCACGUGAUACAUGGGACAAUGUUCUUACUGAGUCUGAUAGAGAGCAUCUUAGUAAAUUCCUCCCACAAGAGCUCUCAAACGAACAAAAAGAAAGCACAAUAACGGAUCUUUUUGGGGGUGUGGCAUUUAAAUUCGGCAGUAAUCCAAUUAAAGAAUCGUGGGAUAAAGUAUCAGGUGGUGAUUAUGUGAGAGAUAUUUCCUGUUUAAAAGACAAAUUGAAGCUAUUGAAAUAUCAAUUAUACCAACAAAACAUGAAAUAUUAUCAUUUGAGUUUAAUGCAGGAUGUUCUCCUAAGCAAAAGACACAUUAUGUAUAGUGCCCUUGACAACGGGUCGUUAGAUAAUUUAGAAGUUUAUGAUAUCAACAAACUAACUAAAAAGAGAAAAGGCAUAUGGACUAAGACCGAAUCUAAAUAUAGAAAAAUACUGGAGGAGUGUUCUAAAGAAGGCGAUUUUGAAUUUUCAUCAGAAGAUGAGGAAGCCACACCCACUGAACAGGAGCCUGUAUUUACGGAAGAAGAGUUUCAGAAAUUAUUGAAAAAGCACAAGAAAAGAAGAAGAAUGAAGAAAUUAGAUCCUGAUUUGAACACCAGUGGUAUUACACUGGCUAGUAUUACAGGAACAUCAUCUUCUGUUAACAUUAAAACAGAGCUACUCCUUCCUCCACCAUCUAUUAAUAUUAAACAAGAGAAGACUCCUCCUCCUCCUGUUACUCCUUCACUUAAAGCGACCACGCCUAAAUCUAAGCCACACCCACAGAUUAUCCCUCAACCAGUUGUAAAAGAUGUUAAGAAGUGGGAGGGGCUGUUUUAUGGGCGUGGCUGUGUCUAUGAAGUGUACGUGGAACCUGAGAAACUUAAAACUGAUAAACUAGCUCCAAUAAUAUUGGAUGGCCCACUGCCAAGCAAUCAAUACAUGAGUUUCUUUUCAAUAAUUAAGAAAUCAUUUCAAUCACUUCCAGACAAUAAAGGAGACAUUUAUAAAGUAACAGAAAUGGUUGAAGUAUACCUGGAGUCACCUGACUGUCAGUCGUGCUCAUGGUUACCGCUUCAAUCUGAUUGGUCAGAAUUAACGCUAUCAGCCAUUUGCUACUUAGGAGGAGAAGUAGGAGCUGUGUCAUCUUUUGAUCCACUCCCUCACUUUUAUCCUGUCAUUGAGUUCAGAGAUAGAAUAGAUCACUGGAGAUGGAUUGGUAAUCACAGAGACAGUGAGCCUGAACUAUUAAUAUUAUACAAUCACUGGUACAGUAACAUUGACAGAGCACUGGUCGUUGUUGAUUAUACUGAUUAUGAUCCACUUCCACCAUUAAUUUCAACUACUGCUAGUGUGAGAGCUAGCAAGCAUCACGAGAUUGAGAGAUUUCAAGAUUUAGAGCAGCAGCGUUACUCUGAUCCUCAUAAAGCCUUCACUUAUAAAGUGCACGGAUAUGAAGCAUCAGUGGGGCCUGUCAAAGGAGCAAAGACCGUCGUUAAGAAAGACAAUCCUAAAGCACGAGGCCACGCCCUCUUGAAACAAGAGAGACCAAACUGUGUAACUAUACUGUCACUAGUACGGGAUGCUUGUUCAAGGUUACCCAAUGGAGAAGGUACAAGACUUGACUUAUGCAUAUUAUUAAGAGACUCUCAAUUCAUCUCUGACAACGUUACCAACAGUCAGUUAAACAAUGCCGUCAGUGGUGCAUUAGACAGACUCCAUUAUGAGAAAGAUCCUUGUGUCCGGUACAUCAGCUCAAAGAAGAUAUGGCUGUACUUACACAGGAAUAGAACCGAGGAAGAGUUUGAGCACAUCAGUUGGGCUGUUGAAGCAGCUAACAAGAAUAAAAAGAUAAUUCAAACCAGAGCAAAGCAGACACCAAAAAUCCUCCUCAGAGAUGCUGAUGGUCAGAUAACUGACAUAUCCCCCAGCCCAUGGAGCAGUGCUGAUAAUAAAGUCACUUCUGGUUCAUCAACAUUAUCAAUCAAACCACCAGUAGCAUCACACCGGUCACCGAGAUCAAGACAAUCGGGAGGAGGGACAGGAGGGGGCGGGGCCAGAGGAGGAGGGGCCAGAGGUGGUGGGCGAGGAUCAAAGACGUCAAGGUCUCGUAAAACGUUUGUCAAAGCCCCACCUCCUGUUGGCGGUAGCAGCCAGUCUAAUAUCGAAUCAGAUACUGAGAUUGAGCUACCAUUUCUACCCACCACGGUACACAAGGAUCAAGAUGAUAUAAACUAUGAUAGUGAUGCCACUUCUGAUGAUAUACAGUUACCUAAAGGAGGCGUGGCUUUUCAACCUCAGGCCACACCUAUACCUCGUUUAAUAUCAGUUUAUGAUUUUCACGCUCCGUCCAGCGGAGGAGGAGGGGCCUGGGGCACUACUAGUGAUGAGAGUGAUAGUGACAGUGACUGAUUUUUAAUUCAUUUUACAAAAUUAAUUAAUGAUAGUUUUAUUGACCACGUCUACUUCUCAGUGCUUGUAUCCGUAUAACUAGUCUACUAGAGUAUUAUACGGGAAGUGUUUUUAUUGUUGAGAAUAUGUUUCCGUAUACUCU